CUUCCCUCUUUUCCUCCUGGCGGGCCCGAGCGGUGAUGUGAGAUUCCGGAGGCAGCCAGGGAAGUGGCCGCGGUAACUACAAUCACAUCCACGUCUGUGACCAUGGCCGAGAAUAACGCCCAGAAUAAAGCCAAACUUAUUUCUGAGACCCGGCAGAGGUUCGAAGCUGAGUUUGUGGCAGAUAAGCCAGAGAAAUAUGACUCCCGUGAUAUCGAAAGGCUUCAACAGGAUGAUCACUGGGUUGAAAGUUAUUUAUCCUGGCGACAUAAUGUGGUGGAUGAAACCCUGAAGAUGAUUGAUGAAAGUUUUCAGUGGAGGAAAGAAAUGUCUGUUCACGAUUUGAAUGAAUCUUCCAUUCCUAGAUGGUUAUUGGAAAUUGGUGGUAUUUAUCUCCAUGGUUACGACAAAGAAGGCAACAAGUUGUUCUGGAUCAGGGUGAAGUAUCACAUCAAAGACCAUAAGACCAUAUCGGACAAAAAGAAGCUCAUAGCUUUCUGGUUGGAGCGUUAUUCCAGAAGAGAAAAUGGGAAACCUUUGACAGUUAUGUUUGACCUGUCAGAAACGGGAAUCAAUAGCAUAGAUAUGGACUUUGUACGUUUCAUCAUUAACUGCUUUAAGGUAUACUACCCUAAAUAUGUCUCAAAAAUAGUGAUCUAUGAUAUGCCUUGGAUAAUGAAUGCUGCUUUCAAAAUUGUGAAAUCCUGGCUGGGUCCUGAGGCUGUGAGUUUAUUGAAGUUUACGGGUAAAAACGAAGUUCAGGACUACGUGAGCGUUGAGUACCUGCCCCCACACAUGGGCGGAACUGACCCUUUUAAAUACAGCUACCCUCCCCUAGUAGAUGACGACUUUCAGACCCCCCUGUGUGAAAAUGGGCCAAUCGCCAGCGAGGAUGAAGGCUCAAGUAAAGAAGACACCGAGAGUGAUAGUAAAGAAACCUUGGAAACAGUUUCUAAUGAAGAACCAGCAUCAGCUACCAAAAAGAUCAACAUAACUAAAGAAGAAAGCGAAAAAGUUGAUUCCAAAACGAAAACUUUCAAGAAACCACUGAGUGUGUUUAAAGGGCCCUUACUACACAUCAGCCCAGCGGAAGAAUUGUAUUUUGGAAGUGCAGGCUCUGGAGAGAAGAAAACUUUAAUAAUAUUGACAAAUGUGACUAAAAAUAUUGUGGCUUUUAAGGUGAGAACCACUGCACCAGAAAAAUACCGAGUCAAGCCCAGCAACAGCAGCUGCGACCCUGGAGCGUCAGUUGACAUCGUGGUGUCUCCCCACGGGGGUUUAACAGUCUCUGCCCAAGACCGCUUCCUCAUCAUGGCCGCAGAAAUGGAGCAGCCAUGUGGCACAGGCACAGCCGAACUGAGUAAUUUCUGGAAAGAAGUUCCAAGGAACAAAGUGAUGGAGCACAGGUUAAGAUGCCACGUGAUCGAGAGCAGUAAGCCUAACACUCUGAUACUAAAGGACCACUCCUUUGGCCAGUCCGAUAAAACCAGUGAAGACAUAGCUCUACAACUCAGUCGUAUACUAGAAAGUAAUAGGAAGCUUGAAGACCAAGUUCAGCGCUGUCUCUGGUUCCAGCAGCUGCUGCUCUCAGUAACAGUGCUCUCCCUUGCUUUCGUCAUCUCUCUCUUCUAUUUGUCGCACAGUUAAAGACGGUGGUGCUCCGUAGAAACAAGACUCCUCGCUCAUUAGUUGGAAAGAGUAACAGAGCCAAAACUUCACCAUGCUACUAACCAUGCUGCGCAUGUGUGCUUCUACCAGGAAGUGUGAGAACCACUUAGAACGAAAAUGAGACAUGUCCUGACGAGGAACUGCUAGAAUAAGGAAAUGUUAAAGAAGCUGAUUAUUUCAGAGGCUAGUUAGUAAGGCAUUUUUUGUUAUGUGAAUUAAUUGUUUAAAUAUAAUUUAUUUUUUCCUUUUGAUUUGAGUAGUUCGUAAAGCUUACGUUUUAUAAUGUAUAUACGUUAGCCGAAUGGUAAAAAGUAUAAGUAACAUGCUUUGUUGCAGCCAAGAAAUGUAAUCUGCUUUUUUUGGGUAGAAUUAUUGUAGUGGAGCCAACUUAGUAUCUUUUCUAUACUAUACUAUGUAAAUAGAGAAUAUGUACAUUGGGCGGGGCGGGGAAUAGACUAAUUUAAGUAAAUCAUGACUUUGUAAUUUUGGAAAUUAUUUCCAGGUGAUACUUAAUAUUCUUUGGGAAUGUAAAACCAUUCAAUGCCAAACCACUUUCAGCCUUUGUUUCUUAUUCCGUAUUCUUCAAUAGCCUGCCUUUUAAUCUCAGACGUUUCAUGAACACCCACUUGGGUAGAACUUGGAAAGCCAAGAGUCUGGUUGGACUUUCCUUGAAUUUCACUGUUAAUAAUGACCAGAAGGGAAACGUUGGGUCUCCCCUUCUUCCACAGCUCCUUGUUGCUCCCUGGCUGGAUAGCGCCCCUUUGGCUUGAUUUCUGAAUGAAAAGACAUAGAAAAUGUUUGGGAAAGUUAUUGAGAGGCCUUGCAAUACAGUUUACAUUUCAGUUCCUUGUUAAAAUCACCCAUAAGAAGGGCACUUGACAGAAGACUGACGUAUCUAUCUGGGGAGUGGGGGAGAGUCGAGGUUCAAGUGUCAGUUCUCCAUUAAAGAGAGAAAAAUUGAACUCCUGAUGGACUGUAAACCCUUCAGACCAGGGCUAAUUGUCAUGCUGGAUACUCAGCCUUCAUAAUCACACUGAAAAUGUUGCCCAAAUUC